UUCUGAGUUCUUGGCUUCAAAGCCAUGGCAACCGAUGAAGAAUUCUGUGAACGUUACUUGCUAGUUAAUGCCAAAGAAGCAAGUCUCUAUGAUUUAGCUUGUAUUUUGAUCUGUUCAACUAGUUUUUUGAAUACCAAAAACUUUUACGAUGAACAAUCAGAAUAUGUCGGGAGGUCAACCCGGGGCAAUAUUCGCCGCAGGUUCGUCAUCUUCGCGUCCAUCCUUGCACAAAAGGUUUUUAUUUGGGCAGAGAAGCCGGUCACUCUAAUAGGGGCUUUGAUCGAGUUAUGGUUGAAUCUUUUAUCUAGCAAUGGAGGGUUUUUUGGGCUUCUGAUCAAUUAUAUACGAGGGAAGGUGGUGAUGCCAGAAGAAUCGCCAGAAAAGUUUGUGUCUAUUGUCGGAGAACUUGAUAAUCGGUUGAAACUGGAUGAAAGUAGUAGAAAAGGCGACGGAAGAUAUAAUCCGUCGCUAGCAAUAAUGGCUGCAAAAUUGUCUUAUGAAAACGAGGCUUUUGUGAAAGCUGCCAUACAAGAUCAAUUGAAGAUGGCGUUUAUAGGCUUCUACAAAUUUUGGAAUGAUUACCAAAAUCAGUUCACAACAUAUGCAACAAUGUUUCAAGAUACAUUAGAUCCCAACUUGAUAGUAGUAGCAUUUAGAGGAACUAAUCCAUUCAACGUGAAAGACUGGAUGACAGAUGUCGAUAUCUCAUGGUACGAGCUCAAAGACAUGAAUGACUCCAAAACCAUUGGUCGAAUUCACGGUGGGUUCAUGAAAGCACUCGGCUUACAAAAGAUAAAAGGUUGGCCAAAAGAACUUGAACCGCCACCAAAUGCAACUGAAGAGCACCCUUUUGCUUACUACAAGAUCAAAGAAAAGCUCAAGGAGAUUUUAGAAAUGAAUACAAACGCAAAGUUUAUACUGACAGGCCACAGUUUAGGAGGGUCGUUAGCGAUUUUGUUUAUGGGUGUGUUAGGGUUACAUGAGGAGACAUGGUUGUUGAAGAAGUUAGAAGGGGUGUAUACUUUUGGUCAACCAAGAGUAGGGGAUGAGAGUUUUGGGAGGUACAUGAUGAAGAUAAUUAAAGAUCAUGAUGUGAAGUAUUUUAGGUAUGUUUAUGGCAAUGAUAUUGUGCCUAGAUUGCCUUUUGAUGAUAAAUCUCUAUUCUUUAAGCAUUUUGGGACAACUCUAUACUUCAACAGCUUCUACGGUGGCAAGGUUAUGGAGGAAGAACCGAACAAGAACUACUUCUCGAUGGUGUGGGCUAUACCCAAGUAUAUCAACGCGUUUUGGGAGAUAAUUAGGAGUUUCAUUUUGCCAUAUUGGAAGGGUAAAGAGUACAAGGAAACACAUAUCGAAAGAUUAUUCCGCAUGGUUGGAAUGAUAAUUCCAGGAUUAGCAGCUCAUAGUCCCAAAGACUAUGUUGAUGUCACUAGACUAGGGACCGAACUUGUACCAACCAUAAAUGAAUAAGUUAGCAUAGAUGAUAAUAUCAUUGUAAAACUGAUUUAACUCUAAACCAUAAAUUCAGUAUCUGAUUUUAAACCA